GCCGAGCCCACCGGAGCCGCCGAGCCCGCCGGCGGCGGGGACCGAGCCGCCGCUGAGUCCCCGCCGGGAGCCGCAGCCCGGACAGCCCCCCGCAGCCCCCCAGGAGCAUGGCCCAGCCGGAGAGCAAGCUGGUGUCCCCGCCGGCGGCACCCUCGUCCCCCGAGCUGGAGUGCCACAUCUGCUACAGCCGCUUCGACGCCCGAGCCCGCAGGCCCAAGCUGCUCCGCUGUGGCCAUCGCCUCUGUGCCCGCUGCCUGCGCAGGAUUGUUCCCCCGGGGGACGCUUCGACCCCCCAGCUCCGCUGCCCCUUCUGCCGCCAGCACAGCCCGGUGCCGGGCGGGGACGUGCAGCAGCUGCAGGAUGAUGGAGAGGCACUGGCACUGCUGACAGGCCGUGAACGGGCCAAGAAACGGGGGCCACCCCUAUCUCCUGAGGUACUCCUUUGCCCCAGCGUGCUGGAGCCCACAUCCAGCCCCGACUGCCUGGUUGUCACCAUCCUGGAGGUGCCGGAGGACGUAACCCCACCAGAGAGCCUGGGCAGGCUGGAGGUGGUGCGGCUGUACCGCCCCACGAGCCUGGGUGCCCUGCCCUGCCACGGCCCUGGGCAGAAGUGGCGCUCCUGGGGAUGGCAAGCCGUGCCCCGCUUCAUCCUGGGCGUCCUCUGCCUCCUCUACUUCAGCUCCCUGCCCUUCGGCAUCUACCUCCUGCUCAUCGAGCACCACAGCCUGGGCAUCAUCCUGGUCAGUCUUGUGCCCUCCACCCUCCUUCUCUGCAUUGUCUACAGCCUCUGCCAGUGCCUGUGCCUGGAGGUCUUUGGGUUCCCCCACUCCUGACCCUGCGCAGCCAACCCCUGUGCCUGAGCCAGGCAGGAUUUGGGUUCCUUGGGGCAUUGUCCCUUGAGGUACACAUGUCCUCUGACCCACAGCAUGCUGCGCCUGGACCAUGGGGAGCAGCUCAGUGCCUGGUGCCUUCCCACGCAGAACAGCACUGUCCUUUCCAUGUGGGUGCUCAGACUGGCUGGAGUGGCUGCAGGAGCUCAUUGCAGCCUACGAGCAUUUGGGCCAGACCUCAGCUCUUGUCCUCCUCCUGCACAGCGGACAAAGAGCAGGAGCCAGGACUGAUCCCAGCUGAAGAAAAACCGCGGCCAGAGGGCCCCCGGCAGGAGAGGGACGGGCAGAGCCCGGGGGCUCCUGGCUGGCCCCAGCACGGCUCCGUGUCGAUGGUGUAAAUAGUUCUGUCUGUGGCACCCACGCUCCUCGUGGGGCUGCUCCCAUCGCAUCUGUGUCUCUUUCUCAUGUGUGAAUCUCGUGUUCGCUGACAUUGUGUCCCAGAGGGGAGCAGUGGAGGAGUUUGGUGUGUAAAGAUGUCUUUGCAGCUA